AGCCUUCCCUCUCCUUCCGGCGCCGGGCAUUGUGGGGGGCGGGAAUCAUGAUGGCCGCCCUGUGCCGGCGCUUCGCGGGCGCGUUGCGGCUGUCAGGAGCGCGGUCGGGCUGGACGGCGGCCGGCUUGCCCGGAUUGACGCUGAACCUGUUUCACAAGAACCUAGCAAAAGUUGAGCCCCUCCGUCAGUUGAAGCUUCUGCACACCACUUUGUCUCGGAAAGGUCUGGAGGAGUUUUUUGAUGAUCCACAGAACUGGGGAGAAAAAACGGUAAAGUCUGGGGAUGCAUGGAAUAUAAAGCAGUUAAGGGGCAAGAGUAGUGAAGACCUGCACAAACUUUGGUAUGUCCUACUGAAGGAAAAAAACAUGCUUUUAACUUUAGAGCAAGAAUCAAAACGACAACUCAGGCCUAUGCCAAGUCCAGAACGAUUAGAAAAGGUAGAAAAGUCUAUGAAAAAUAUAGACUUGGUUGUCGGAGAAAGAGAAACUGCUCUGAGGCUUUUACAAACUGGCCAUGAAAAACCAGUACCUGGCGAGUGGAGACAUGACUUCUUAGGACGCACCCACUGGUACACAUAUAAGGAAUGGCCAAUACCGUGGUACUUGAACAAAAAAUACAAAAAGAAGAGAUUCUAUUACUUACCUCAUGUGGAUCACUUCAUCAGGCUCAGACUUGAAAAAGCUUUACGUAGAAGGGCAAGAAGGCAGAGCCUAGACAGGACGAGGCAGAAGGUCUUGGAAAGGAAGUUCCCUCACCUUGCUGUAAAAUCUCAGAGCCAGUAACAUGCUGGAAGAGUGCUGCAAGCAAGUGGUUGAGUAUCUUUGGCUGGAACAUGAAACAAGUUCUGAAACCAGUGAAAACUCCACUGAGCAUUCCUGCAAGUCUCCAUUUUUUUUUUUUUUUUUUAAUCCUCCAUUAUGUCCAAAAUUAAACUUGUGAUCUGGAAUUAAAAAGCAGCUUUGGUGCAUAA